AUGCUUAUCGUGGGGCUUACGGGCGGAAUUGCAUGUGGUAAAUCAACGGUGUCUCAUGAGCUCAAAACAAAGUACCAUUAUACUGUGAUUGAUGCAGACUUGAUUGCUAGAGAAGUGGUAUUGCCGGGAAAGCCUGCUUAUAACAAAAUUGUCACUUCAUUCAAUGAUGUCCAUGGUUUACUACAUGAUGAUGGGUCCCUCAAUCGAACCGUUUUAGGACAAGUAGUCUUUCAAGACAAGAAGAAAUUAAAGACACUCAACUCUAUAGUGCAUCCGGCUGUUCGAUGGGAAAUUGUUAGGCAAAUAUUAGGGGCAUACAUGAGUUGCAAGAGUUUAGUCAUUUUGGAUGUUCCGUUAUUGUUUGAAUCUCAAUUGUACAUGAUAUGUGGACUAAUAGUUACCGUUUCAACAAAGUCAGAAUUACAAAUUGAAAGGUUACUCGCUAGGAAUACUGAAUUGUCGAAGGAAGAUGCAGAGAACAGGAUCAAAAGUCAAAUGACCAAUGAGGAGAGAAAUUAUAAAAGUGACAUCGUCAUUGACAAUUCUGGAUCUGUCUCUGGUUUAAAAGAUACUAUUGCUAUACUUGCACGAGAGAUUAAACCAAAAAAAUUUUGGACAAUUUUGGACUUGGUGCCUCCGAUUGGAAUUGCAUCUGCAUUGUUCACAUUCCUAAUUAGAAGAAUAACGGAAAUAUACAAAGGCCAGAAACCAAAAAAUAGUUAG